GCUCGCAAUUGGGGGUCUGUCACGUGGCGGUGGCAGCGCUCCUCAUGCAGCGCGUGCACUUCGGCGCGAGGACAUGUUCUUCACUGCGUUCUCUCUGCUUCCAGCCGCUCCGAAGCCGUUCUUCAGUCUCGGCAUCGACCGAUCUCUUCCUGUGACCCGGCCGGGGGGGGCGGGGGAGUUCGGGGGUCCACAUGAUGUGUCGGCUUAAGGAUGCGCGGCGCUGCCGCCUCCCCGCCCUGCUGCCCCAGCUCCUGCUCCGGUUCCUGCCCCUCCUCCUGCCCCUCCUCCUGCCCCUGCCGGCUCCGGCAGCUCCACAGGUCUCCACCAAUGUACCACCAGACAAGGUGUCCGGAAGACUCGUCUUUCGCCAGACGGUGGACAACGUCACGUACGAAGGGAGCCGGGGGCAGCUGGCCUCGGACAUUCCGGCCGAGGCCGUCUUCGAGCUGCUGGACCCCCAGCGUCGCUUCCGUUCCGCCACCUUUAUGUACACCUGGGAUCUGGGCAACGGAGAAGCGGUCUCGGGCGCGGAGUCCUACGUCACAUGCAAUUACAGCUCAUCUGGGAACUACAUUCUGAAGCUGGAAGUGGGGGUCACCUGGGACAGCCACACGUACCUAACAAGGACCUACAGCGUAGACCUUGAAGUCCUCGAUGCCAUCAAGGGCAUUGAGUUUAACAGCCCUUCACGUUAUUAUGUGGCUGAAAAUACCAGCCUGUCCUUCUUUGUUGGUGGAAGCACUCCCAUGUUGCUGUGCUGGAGGAUGGAGCACAAUUGUUAUUCAUCUUCCCCUGCUUCCUGCCACAUGGUUGAGCUGUACAAGAACACGUUCAGCCUGAACUACACCUUCACCUCUGAGGGCAGGUACUGCCUGAACCUCUCCUUCCGGAACAACAUCAGCGUGGCACAGACAUCCUACAGCAUCUUCGUCACCAGGGAUUACGGUAGUAACCUGUACUUCAUCUUGCCGUGUGCCGCCCUCAUCCUGGCCACUCUCGUCUUCAUCGGCGUGAUGGUGUGCCGUCCUGUCCGGCCACCGGUCAGGACCGAGGUGGAGGUGGCAAAUUUCUGCUUCUGUCCCCAUGUUAACCUGGAAAUGAAGGACCCUGAUUCCCGGAGUGCCCUGAGAUUUCCUCCCCCCUCAUCCUUGCGGAAAAGCGAGUCCCAGCCUCUCCUCCGCUCUCAGGGAGCGUCCUCCCCAACCUGCGUCUCGGAGCUGUAAACCUCUCCCUUUCCCCCACAGCUGCUGGGUCUGACAUCACUCCUUCGAGACAGAAGCAUGCGGAGAGAUGAUGGUCAUUAAACGUCCAUUAAUUUUAAUGUUAAGGCAGUUGCUUUAAUCAACAUCAUUGCUAAGGUUUAUUCUAUGCUUCAUACUGUACAUUAAUAAUUCAUUAUGAGCUUUGGUAACACGAGUAUGGUUUAAGAGAGGAAAUACAAAUAUGCAGUAUUCAGUUUUACCAAAGAGUUGAUGCGGUGUGAGCUACCCUCGUCACCAGAUGCCAUGUGAAAAACCACUCGUUUUUCACACUAGUGCCGCUUGUUUCUGCUGCACAGUCUGUCCUCCCUGUUCUGGAGCCCUCUGUUUUCAAUACUGGCUGAGCUGGAUUGGCACAACACUAUGCAUUGCCUGUUUAAACGUAAAUUAAAUUUACAGCAGCACGGUGGCACAACAAGUAGUGCUGCUCUCACAGCGCC